AGUCCUUCACUUUAGACCUGAAGACAGUAGAGUGAGAGACAUUACUUUGUUAUGUUGUGGAAAGAGAAGUAGAGAAGGGAUGCAUAACGUUAGGUGAGGAAAGGUAUCAUUUGAUUUUAUGUUGUGUAAGCAAGGAACCUUUUUUGGGCUGUCAUUCUUUGGAGAUUCACUCACUCCCACACGUAUUCUUCCUUUUCUCUUAUAUUUGUAUGUAUAUUCUUUUAUAUAAACAUCUACUUUCAUGUUGCUCACCUCAGCUUAGCCAAACAGAGGAUAGGAGGAUGGCUUCUCAUGUCAAUGUACUUCUCACAACUUUCCUCAUCUUCACUAUCAUUGUAUCAGUGAGUGUCAAUUUGUCUGAAAGCACAAGAAGUUUCACCAUAGUCAAUGACUGCAAGGAAACAAUUUGGCCCGGAAUUACCCACGGUGAGAACUUCAAUGGCGGUGGUUUUUCACUUAAACCAGGCCAGUCUGCUGUCUAUACAGCUUCACCAGGGUGGGGUGGCCACAUAUGGGCUCGAACAGGCUGCAAUUUCGACAAAAAUGGUAACGGCACAUGCCAAACUGGCGACUGUGGCACCACCCUCAAUUGCACAAGCCCGGGUAACCCGCCCGCCUCCCUCGCAGAGUUUAGCCUUGGAGACGUCGAUUUUUACGAUAUUAGCCUUGUAGAUGGCUUUAAUUUGCCUAUGAUUGUCAAAGCUAUUAAUGGUAAAGGCAAUUGCAGCACUGUCGGCUGCGACGGAGAUUUACGGCAAAGUUGCCCGUCGGAGCUCGCCCUCAAGGCCAAUGGAAAGGUCAUUGCUUGCCGGAGUGCAUGUGAGGUGUUCGACAGUGAUGAGUAUUGUUGUAGAGGAAUGCAUGGAAAUCCUGGGACAUGUUUACCUACAAACUACUCCAAGAGUUUCAAGAAAGUGUGCCCAGCAGCAUACAGCUAUGCAUUUGACGACCCUACCAGUCUUACAACUUGCUCUGGAGCAGACUUCAUUGUAGCCUUCUGUGCAUCAAGGAACCAAACGGUGUGCUCAUAUCAUGAUAAGCAGCUUGCCUGUAACCAAUCAAAGGGCUUAAGACCAGUCUCUCAGGGAUGGUGGGUCCCAAUGUUUGCUUUACCCUUGAUGUUUAAAUUUUUGGUCAUUUUUUAGCAAAUUCUGUACAAAGGAACCCAUAUGAAGCUGUAAAAGGAUGUGUCCACCAUUCUUUUCACUCGUUUUUUGUGUACAUGAUUUCCUCUAGGCCAAAUGGAUAUGAAAACACUUAAUAUUGCCUUCUGGAGAGGCAUUUGAGUAAAGAGAAGCACUAAGAUGCAAGAUUCUAUCAACAAAAGAGAAUGAAAAAGUAAAACAAAAACAAAAAACAGCUCACAAAAGCUAAAUCCUGUCAGGUU